UAAGGGCGUUUUGGAAGCCGGGAGCCAAGUUCUGUAAUGUGGGCACCCAAUGCACUGUGCUGCCUACAACUGCUGGGCUCUGUCUCCCUCUUCUGCCUGUUUUGAGACUUUUUUCCCUUAACCAAAUGAGAAACUCCCCACCGCGAGCCUGGAAAGGGCUUUUUGCACGGGGUGGUUCCCCAUAAAUUGCACUGAAAAUGGAGUUGUGAACCAGCAGUGGGGUUGUUGAGUGGUUUUAAAGCAAUGUGACCAACGCUGUGGGAUUUCUUGCAGGUGAAGAAGGUCAAAACCCCCAGGUGCUCACAAUCAUUUAAGGAAUAACAGGUGUUUGUCUUCAUCCAGGCAUCUCACAAGCCCCAGAGGUUUUGCUUUUUUUCUUCCUUCCUCCUCCAGUCUCUGGGAGGCACUUAAUAAAACCAUUAUAUAUACAAGCUGAUAAAUCCAGCCUGCUCUUUGGGGCUAAUUUCCGUGUAAUAGCUGGGAAAAUUUCAUUCUGUUAUUUUUCUCUUUUCUUUAUUACUGGACAAGCUGCUGCUGUUGUCUCUGUACCAUUUCCUGGCCGGGCAGAGCCUAGGAAGGCUGGAGUGCAGCACAUAGCAGGAGUGGUUUCCUCCCGAGGCAGUCCAGGCUCCUGCAUCCAUCAGCACCCAUUGCAUCCCCACACCGAGCACAGCCCCUCCAAUUUCUGAGUGCUUCUGGAGAGCCACAGCUCUCACCACAAGUCAGGACCAUGCUGGAGGAUGAGGAUGGGCUGAGCGAGCGGGGACUGAGCAGCUCGAGGAGGAGAUACGACGAUGAAGAAGAUUACCAUUCCAUCUACAUCGGGGUACCGGUGCCCCGGGGAUACCGGAGGAAGCGGCGUCGGCGGCGAUCCGCCUCCAGCCGGGACCGGACCAGCGAGAGCGAGCGGCACUACGAGCGGCAGGAGCGCUCCGACACCGACGACGGCGGCCACGGCUGCUACGAGAGCGGCAAUGAUAACGCCAGCAGGACCAUGUCUCCGGCUGCUGAACGUCUCCGUUACAUCCUGGGUGAUGACGAUGAGCCUCCCAACCCCACACUCUUCACAGAGAUGGACACGCUGCAGCACGACGGGGAGGAGAUGGAGUGGAAGGAGUCAGCCAGGUGGAUAAAGUUUGAAGAAAAGGUGGAGGAAGGCGGAGAAAGGUGGAGCAAACCCCACGUGUCCACGCUGUCUUUGCACAGCCUGUUUGAGCUGCGGACGUGCCUGCAGACAGGAACGGUGCUCCUGGACCUCGAUGGUUACUCUUUGCCCCAAAUCAUAGACGAUGUCAUUGAGAAGCAGAUAGAGGACGGUCUGCUCAAACCUGAGCUGAGGGAAAAGAUCAGCUACGUGCUCCUCAGGAAGCACCGCCACCAGACCAAGAAGCCAAUCCACCGCUCCUUGGCCGACAUCGGCAAGUCGGUGUCCUCCAACACAAGUCGCAGCCCUGUCCGCAGCCCAGCUGCAGGUGCUGCCUUCCAUCGCUCCACGGAGGACCUUCGGAUGCGGCAGAGCGCGAGCUACGGCCGCCUGCGCCAUGUGCAAAGCCGAAGCAUGAAUGAUAUCUCAGACACACCGAGCACCGACCAGCUGAAAAAUAAGUUCAUCAAGAAGAUCCCCAAGGAUGCAGAGGCCUCCAACGUGCUGGUGGGAGAAGUGGAAUUCCUUGAGAAGCCCUUCGUAGCGUUCGUGCGGCUGCUCCAGGCAACGAUGCUGGGAGGGGUGACGGAGGUGCCUGUCCCCACCAGAUUCCUCUUUAUUCUCCUGGGCCCUGCAGGAAAAGCCAAAUCCUACAAUGAGAUCGGCAGAGCCAUCGCGACCCUCAUGGUGGAUGAUCUCUUCAGUGAUGUUGCUUACAAAGCCCGAGAUAGAGAAGACCUGAUUGCUGGCAUAGAUGAAUUUCUGGAUGAAGUCAUUGUCCUGCCACCUGGCGAGUGGGACCCCAACAUUAGGAUUGAGCCACCCAAAAAAGUGCCCUCAGCUGAGAAGAGGAAAUCAGUUUUCUCACUGAAUGAAGUGGGGCAAAUGAAUGGCACAGCUGGAGGGGCAGGUGCUGGGAGCGGUGGAGGAGGCAGUGAUGAUGGAGAGAUGCCUGAAGUGCAUGAAAUUGGGGAAGAGCUCGCGUGGACCGGGAGGUUUUGUGGUGGCCUCUAUUUGGAUAUCAAGAGGAAGCUGCCCUGGUUCCCAAGUGACUUCUAUGAAGGCUUUCAUAUCCAGUCCAUUUCUGCCAUCCUCUUCAUUUACCUGGGCUGCAUCACCAACGCCAUCACAUUCGGGGGUUUGCUUGGGGAUGCGACAGACAACUACCAGGGUGUCAUGGAGAGCUUCCUUGGCACAGCAAUGGCAGGGUCCAUGUUUUGCCUCUUUGCUGGGCAGCCGCUCAUCAUCCUCAGCAGCACCGGCCCCAUUCUCAUCUUUGAGAAGCUGCUCUUCGACUUCAGCAAAGGUAACGGCAUCGACUACAUGGAGUUCCGCCUCUGGAUCGGCCUGCACUCUGCCCUACAGUGCCUUAUCCUGGUGGCCACCGACGCCAGCUUCAUUAUAAAGUACAUCACCCGCUUCACAGAGGAAGGCUUCUCCACCCUCAUCAGCUUCAUCUUCAUCUACGAUGCCAUCAAGAAGAUGAUAGGGGCCUUUAAGUACUACCCCAUCAAUUCGGACUUCAAGCCAGACUAUGUGACCAUGUACAAAUGCGAGUGCGUUGCUCCUGACCCAGCCAACAUGACACUGUUCGAUGCUUCAGUUCCAGUAGCACCAAACACCACUAACGUGUCUCUGUACAAUGCUAUUAACCUCACAGCUCUGGAUUGGACUCAACUGAGUAAGAAGGAAUGUCUCAAGUACGGUGGCAGCUUAGUGGGGAAAUCCUGUAAAUUCGUGCCCGACCUGGCCCUCAUGUCCUUCAUCCUCUUCUUUGGGACCUACUCCAUGACGCUCACCUUGAAGAAGUUCAAAUUCAGCCGCUACUUCCCCACCAAGGUCAGGGCCUUCAUUGCUGACUUUUCCAAUGUCUUCUCCAUCCUGCUGUUUUGUGGUGUGGAUGCCUGUUUUGGCCUGGAUACCCCGAAGCUGCACAUCCCCAGUAUCAUCAAGCCCACGCGUGUGGACCGAGGGUGGUUUGUCUUUCCCUUUGGGAAGAACCCAUGGUGGGUGUACCUGGCCAGCGCGCUGCCUGCCCUGCUCGUCACCAUCCUCAUCUUCAUGGACCAGCAGAUCACAGCCGUCAUCGUCAACAGGAAGGAGCACAAGCUGCGGAAAGCAGCAGGCUACCACCUGGACCUCUUCUGGGUGGGCAUCCUCAUGGCAGUGUGCUCCUUCAUGGGGCUGCCCUGGUACGUGGCAGCCACCGUCAUCUCCAUCGCCCACAUCGACAGCUUGAAGAUGGAGACAGAGACCAGCGCUCCGGGGGAGCAGCCCCAGUUCCUGGGGGUCAGGGAGCAGAGGGUGACGGGCAUCAUCGUCUUCGUGCUCACAGGGAUUUCUGUCUUCCUGGCCCCGAUUCUGAAGUACAUCCCCAUGCCGGUGCUGUACGGCGUCUUUCUGUACAUGGGCGUCGCGUCGCUGAACGGCAUCCAGUUCUGGGACCGCUGCAAGCUCUUCCUCAUGCCAGCCAAGCACCAGCCCGACUACGUCUUCCUACGGCACGUUCCGCUGCGCCGCAUCCACCUCUUCACACUGGUACAGAUCAUCUGCCUGGCCGUGCUCUGGAUCCUCAAAUCCACCGUGGCUGCCAUCAUAUUCCCUGUCAUGAUUUUAGCCCUGAUCCUGGUGCGACGACUGCUGGACUUUGUCUUCUCCCAGCAUGAUCUGGCCUGGAUUGACAACAUCAUCCCUGAGAAGGAGAAGAAGAAGGAAGAUGACAAGAAGAAGAAGAAAAAGGGCAACAAAGGGGACAGCAGCAGUGACGAGGAGGAAAGAGGUCCCCCACCUGGAGCUCUGCGUUCUGACUCCUCCCCGAAUGGUUCUGACAUGGAUCGCAGCAUUACACUCCACCUGAAGAUUUCAUGCCCAUCAUCUCCUGCAUUUAAUUACUCCCGAAGCCCCAUCUGUGCUGUGCCCCAGGUGAAGAUAGAGAUGGAGUCAGACUAUGAGGACACGGACACCGAAAAGGCACCGCGGGACAUGGGCAGUGAGACCACGCUAUAGUUCCCUGCAGUGCUUCCUCUAAUUUAUAUAUAUAUAUAGAUAUUUAUAUAUUCAUAUAUAUAUAUAAAGCAAAUUGGACAUAUUUUUCUACAUGAGACUGAGGAGAGCGUUGGCCCCCGAGGCUGCUGCUCCUGUAGUUCUUAGCGCUGUCACAUUUCCUCCCUUUCUGUUGGGCGAAGGCACCGGCGCUGAUGGCAAAACGGGGCUCAAAAUGUGGAAAUGAGCAUUUUUGGCCUCUGCACCACUGCUGGGCUGGAGAAACCGAAGGCAGCUGGGGGUGGUGCUGGGGAAUGUCCCAGCCAUCCCAUCAGGGUCCUUCUGCUGUAGCGGGAGGGGUUCUCCUGCCCAGGGGGGCUCAGCACGGAGGCAUAGCAGGGGAUGAGGAUGUGUUGGAGACUGAGGACGGGCAGGAGGAGGGAAAGCUCAGGAGCUGGAGCGCCUGAGGUGGGUGUGCGCAUGGGGGCAGCAGUAAGGAACAGAGCUUGAUCACUGCUGCAGAGAACUGGGAAUGGUUUCCAUAAGGAAUUGGGCAGCAGAGCUGAGCCACGGCCAUGCCUGACCCCAUGUCACUGCCCCCAGCAAAGCGCAGGUUUCCCAGGGCCAAAGUAGGACCUGCAGUGCUGGGUCCCAAAAUCCCAGCCAGUAAUGGGGCAGGAGCCCUAUUGCUGCACUCUGCCAGGACCUGACGUGCCAGGCCCUUCCUGCACCUUCUCCUCCCCCCAAACGCACCAAGGAGCCUCCCAGCUCCUGGACAAGGGAGUCUGCACCUCCUCGAGCUCCUCCACCCCCAUUACACACACACGGUUUAACAGCAAACAUCACCCACGUAACCCCAGGAUGGGGCUUUUUCUGGCUCUAUGUUAAGGCUGCAAAAAGCCCUCUGUCUUCCCCCAGGCAGAAACAGCCUACCUGGUAUUUAUAGGAGCUCUGUGCUCGUGCCAGCCAGCAGUUCCUGGGACACUGACUAAAUAUUGCACCUGGUCUGAACCUCCACGUGGGACAGCCCAGUUCUUUGUAAAUAGUCAAGUCAAACAGAAGGACUUGAAUGCAGUUUUGUGUUUAUAGCAGUGUUUUUCUGGUUCAAGAACACCUGUGGAACCGUGGUGAGCUUAAUAAGACAGCAUUACUCCAGUCACCACUUUAGCUUGACGUUAACAUUACGAGCUAUUUCAGCUUGGGUGCACUGUGUCUGUUUUUUAGUAUUUUGUACCAAUCUCAUGUGUGGUAGCUGAAGCAUGGCACAGGUAGGUUUCUGCUUGUAAUCACUCCACCAUGGUUAAUUUGCUUUAUCCACUAUGCCAGCUCUACUACACAGCAGCCCUGGAAAGGCUUCAUGGACUCUGGGGGCUGGUCCAUAGGGCACAGUUGAAGCCUCAGCUCAGAUCCUUCUAGAACACAGCUUGUUUUGAUUUAUCCAUUUUGCAAGUCUCACACACGGUUUAUACUUUUUGUAUAUGAAAUACUGGAGCAUCACAGAUUUGCCAGCCCCGUUACAGUACUACUUUUAGCCAUUUUGUAUUUACCAGUGAUACAAUCCAAUAAAUCUCACUUAAAUUAGUCUCAGCUCUCACUGUGUUUCUGGUGCAGCCUCAGCCAUUUUGAACUUCAGCUUCCCUUUCCAGGUGCUCCCUGGUUAACAUUUGUAUAAGCAUCUUCCCCUCCAGGGAAGAGCAAUUAAAGGUGACUUUGCAGGUGACUGCAGCUCCUGUAUGGCAAAAGACCUU